AUGCCCCUGGAGAUCGAACGAGCUCAGAUCAUAACCAAAGUCACGAGGUAUCAGGACGAAGCAAGUCGGAUAUGCGGAAAGCGAUGGGCGGACAUAACACAGCCCGAGCUCGACUUUGUCGACAAGACUCUGGACGAGGAGGGUUUCAGUUCGGCUCUGGUGAAGAAGUCUCACAAAGUUCAAAUGGACUCCUUGAACAAGAUUACAACGACUCUCACGGAUUUCGGCAUCGAGUAUACUAUCUUGACCUCUGGUGAGAGCUUUACAAGCUCACUGGACGAUCCGGAUGAUCCCAGUUCAUCAUCACGCACGAACAGCGCCAGGAGACAAGAGUUGUUAAACGGGAAGAAGUAUGAUAUCCUGAUAUCAGCCGGUGGAGAUGGAACGUUCCUACGCGCUGCUUUGGAAAACAAAUCUGCUUUGCCUCAGAUUGGGAUCAACACAGACCCAACAAGGAGUAGAGGCAAACUCUGUGCUAUGGAUGCAUCAUCAUUUGGAGUCGCACUUCAGCGCCUGAAGGAGGGGAAGUUCAGAUGGUUGAAACGAAAUCGUUUGACUGUCAGAUUAUCCAAGGCCAACACUCUAGGAUCAUCAAGCGAAGACCUUCAUACCAUUGAAAACUUGGCUCUUAAUGAGGUAUUUGUCGGUGAAAAAGAUCCAUGCCGGACCUCUAUACUAAGAGUCAGAGCCGACGAUGAUGCCUUUGAAAGCUACAAGUGCAGCGGGAUUCUCAUCAGCACUGGGACUGGAACAACCGCCUGGUCCUCGGAGGCUUCCAAGAUCAACCCACAAGAUGUGAUUAUGGUCCUGAGAGGAAUAGAGAGGGUCUACAGCCAGAUCAAACUAGACAACAUCUUCAGCAACGGCUUUGAUGCUGGCGCUGUUUCUUCAGCUGCCAACGAGGCUGCUUCCCACGACCUUCUCCCGCCAGACUCGGAGGAGAUUCAGAUGCUGGUGAGGGAGCCGAUCAUCAAUCCAGGGCAGAACGAGAAGGGUCUCUGCAUUUGGCAGGGGCAGAGUCCGAGCAAGGUGCUGGACGGAAGGAUCCAUGUGCCGCUUGAGAGAGGAUGGGAAGCAGAGAUUUUUGUGGACCCAAAGAAGGCCCUCUGGUCUUUUGCAUUCGAUUGA